CAGUGUCAAGUUGUCAAUGUGUCGUGCUUGGUGAAAAGCGAUUUUUCUCGAAACGUGUGAAGAUUCGGAGUCUUUUGAAUGAAAUCUUAGCGAUUUACCGAGUUUUCUGACUACGAGAAACUGUGUUCAACUGUGUUGGGAGAUACUAACGUGGUAUACAUCAAAUAUUUCGUACAAAACCUUGAAUAGAAAUAACAUUGUAAGAUCGAAAGUCCUUGGGUCCAGAAAAUCGAGUGAAAUAUGGCUAAAUGGGGAGAAGGCGACCCUCGUUGGAUAGUGGAGGAGCGACCGGACGCAACGAAUGUGAACAACUGGCAUUGGACGGAGAAAAACGCAGGACCAUGGUCGAAAGAACGCCUAAAAGAACUGCUCACUAAUUUUAAAAUAGCCCAAAAUGGUGUUAGUUGUAAAUUGACUGAGGUUGAGAAGAUAGAUGGAGAGGCGACAGCGAAUAAUAGGAAAGGAAAGUUAAUAUUCUUCUAUGAAUGGGACAUCAAGCUGAAGUGGGAGGGGCAGCUGUCCGGUGGCAAGGAUACAGUGAAAGGAGAGAUUCAGAUACCGAAUUUGUCUGAAGAGAAUGACGUUAGUGAAGUGGAUAUGACAGUAACAAUCAAAGGCAGUGGGGAAGAGGCCCAACGAGUCAAGGCUUUCAUGCACAAUGUGGGGAAAGAUGAGAUACGGAAGCAAUUGAAGGAGUACAUCCGUAGCCUCAAAGAGGAAUUCUCGAAAGGCCUCAUCCUACCGAAAAAAGGAGAAGCCCCUGUAAAACCCGACAAUGUUUCCAUGAUCACCAGCGGUUUUAAUAAGAAAAUCAAUAUGGAACCUGUGAUCUCACCGAAGAAUCAACAGAUUGGUUGCAAAUUAGAUACAAAAACAAUUGAAUUGUCAGAGAAGUUUCAGUGUAGAGCGGAGGAGUUCUACAAUGCUAUGACUCGAAUAGAAAUGGUUACAGCUUUUACACAAGGACAUGUAAAAAUGGAUGUAGAGAAGGGUGGUAAAUUCGCUCUAUUUGGUGGGAAUGUGACAGGAGAGUUCCGUGAGCUGCAGCCCAACAAGAAGAUCGUGCAGUACUGGAGACUGAAGCAGUGGCCCGACCAGCACUUCUCUGAAGUUACAUUUAAUAUUGACGAAAAGGAUGAUCAUACACUAGUGACUCUGAAGCAAGUGCUAGUCCCCGCAUCGGAGGUGGAGCAGACGCGCGACAACUGGCGGCGAUACUACUUCGACAGCAUCAAGCGGGCUUUCGGCUUUGGGGCGUUCCUGUGAUGACCCGGAUUAUAAAAAUUAGGUUCAAUUGUACCAUUAACAAUGAUUCUUCAGAAGAAUUGUCCGCUUCCAGUUCGAAGCAUCAGCAGGUUUUUAUAAUUUAUAAUGCAACUGUGAUUUAUACUGCUAAUCGAUCAAUAUCGUCUGUACUAAAUAGAUUUGUAUUGAUUCCAUACCUGAAAUCAUGCGGCCUUAAUAAUAAUAGUGAUUUAUUUCAACUGCUUUGUCCUACCGGUUAGACUAUGGUUCAACUACUUAGUGUAGUGGUCCAACUAUUUUUAUGGUUGUACUAUGUGUAACUAUAAAAAUAGUUGGACUACAAGCCUAUAGUAAAACUAAUUUUAGUAGGACCAUCAUGUACUAUACUUUUCCUGUUGAAAUAGUUUUAUUGAUGAUGAAUUAAAAUAUCUACUUAAAUGCAUAUAUUUUUUUAGAUGCGCUGGUUGCUUUAUAAUGGAAUAACAUUCACUCACUGCCAGCCAUACUAAUAUUAUAAAUGCGAAAGUCUGUUCCGCUUUCACGGCUAAACCGCUGUACCGAUUUUGAUGAAAUUAGUGGUAUGCAUGUAGUUAAAACAUAGGCUACAUUUAUUAAAAGAUCAACCGCGAAAUGAAUAGUCAUUUACGGGGGUCAUAUACGGGGGGUGUAAAUUUGUAUGAAAUUCUUGUCUGUUCCGCUUUCUCAAAGCGAAUAACUGUCAUAUACCGAACAAAUGAUAAUAUAUACGAAUAUGUCAAGAAAGUGCAGAAAUUAAAUGUAUGUUCUGUCUACUGUUGGCUGACCACACUGGGUGUUCAUCAAACAAUCUUGACCAUUCUAUUUGGUAUUACAAUGGCAAAGAAAAGUCAUUCGUCGAAAAACUAUUUUCUUCAUUUUUUUGACACGUUGUAUGUAUUAAUCGGUUCUUAUACAUAUUUACAACCCAGAUUAUUAUCUACUUAAAUAUGUAAUAUUAAAGUUAAUAAAGAAUAUUUUACAAAUAUUUACAAAAUUUAUAUGAAUCCAUUUGGUACAGACUCCCACAUAUGAAAUGAUCUUCGAUUGCUAAACACUUUUAGUUUUGCUGUAAUGUAAGUAGUUCAUGUAUGUGUAACAUUUUUAAUUUAUGGAGUUUUCCAAUAAAUUAUGUUAGAUUA